AUGCCCAACCAAAACAAACCCACACAUAUGUACCUUUCAACACCACUGGAUGACAUCACACCUCAUAUCCUUCACCUUUGGAAGGCUCGGCAGAUCAUCCAGGAAUUACAAAAGCACAUUGACACAACUCACUAUGGUAUUGGCCUUACAACACUUCUCAAAGUUCGAAAGACCAUGGGUCACACGGUCGAAACCAUUCGCAAUGCUAUGAUUGACUUACACGCCACAUACCCAAAUGCUGGAGCACGCGAAAUAGUAAGCUUGCUAUAUCAUGAAAGGGAAAUGAGUGUUGCCAGGAGGGUCAUGACAGAGUACUUUGCUUUAUAUGAACCGGAACUGGUUCAUCAGAGGAAGGCCUGUUGCCUUCAAAGGAGACACUUCUGGGCAGCAGGUGUGAAUGAUUUAUUUGCAGUCGAUCAGCACAAUAAGUGGCUUCAGUUUGGUCUCGGUUUGCACACUGGCAUCGAGCCUUUCUCAGGUCGAAUAAUGUGGAUCCAGGUCUGGCAUUCUAACCGGAAUCCACAGCUUAUUCUGAGUUACUACCUCGACACGAUCGAGGCUCUUGGACAUAUGCUGAUGGUUACUCAGAGUGACCCAGGGUCCGAAAAUUAUGGCAUUGCAAAUGCCCAUACUAUGCUGCGACAGUGGUACGACACAGCCUUACAUGGUACGCUCCAACAUCGUUGGAUGCGAAUAAAGAAGAAUGUCAUGCCAGAGAUGGCAUGUCUUCUAGAUUAUGGGGUCAAUUCUGGUUGGUACGAUUCAAAUAAUACCCUUCAAGUGAUGGUUUUCUGUUGGGUUUUUAUACCAUGGCUUCAGCAGGAGCUGAAUGCAUACCAGGACCGUGUUAACAAUACUGCCAAGCGGCGUGACCGCAAUAAAAUUCUUCCUCAUGGAGUACCCAACCUCAUCUACCAUUCAGCUGAAGACUUUGGCGCCUUGGAUUUCAAGAUUAAAAUCGAACAUGAGGCCCUAGAUCAUGUCCGAAGCCUUUACAUCAAGUCUUCUCAUUCUGUAUUUGACCUGGUUCCAGAGGCUUUCGGAAAAUGCAUCCAACAUUGUUACGACGAUCUCAGCUGCCCAGCUGUCACACAGCAAUCAGCCUGGGACAUAUAUCAGCUCUUACUAGAUGCCCUCUGGGUGGCCGAUGCAUUACCAAACCAAAUUCAGCUGUUGGGCAGUGAAGACGAAGAUUCCAUUGCACUUUUAGAAAACUAUGAAGACUUACCUUCUCAUGAGGAGGCCAAUGGUGCCUAUUACAUGGGUGGUGUGGGUGGAGGCCUUGGCCUUGGUUCGUCGUCUCUGAUUCUGACAGUGCAAACACUAAUUUAG